AUGAAGAUUCUAAGUUGGAAUUGCCGGGGCUUGAGCAACCCGAGAGCGAUUCCUAAUUUGCGGGCUCUGGCUCAUCGACACCAUCCUGACAUUAUUUUUCUUUUAGAAACUCUAGCUAAUUCUCAGAAACUGAAACGUGUUCGUGUAUCUCUUAAAUUUGAAGCAUGCUUAUCGGUAGAUGUAGUCGGUAGAAGUGGUGGCAUUGUUGUUCUAUGGAAUAACAGUAAGAAGUGCAGUAUUCAGAACUUUAACAAAAACUAUAUUAACAUUCAUGUGCAAGAUGCUGAGAGAGGUGACUGGAGGCUCACGUGUUAUUACGGUUUUCCGGAACGGAACAGACGAAGGCAAGCUUGGAAUAUGAUUCGCGAGUUACAUAGUAUGUCGAAUUUACCGUGGUGCAUUAUUGGAGAUUUUAAUGAUCUGCUGUCUCAGAAUGAUAAAAAAGGUUUAAAUAUUCAUCCGCACUGGUUAUGUUCUGGCUUUCAAGAAGUUGUUACUGAGUGUGAUCUCACUGAUAUCCAGUUGGAGGGCUAUCCUUUCACUUGGACUAAGAGUCGAGGAGCGGCGAAUAUGAUUAAGGAAAAGUUGGAUAGAGCUCUUGUUGAUUCGGUUUGGCUACAGUCUUUUCCUUCUGCUACAUUAACUAACCUUGUGGCAUCCCAUUCGGAUCAUAGCCCUAUUUUUCUUUGUUGUGAUCCGGUGAAAAGUCGGCAUAAGAGGAGAAGCUUCAAAUUUGAAAAUUGGUGGCUUAAAGAAGAGGGGGUGGAAGAAGUGGUUCAUGAGAGCUGGAAUGGGGUUCUUCAACAGCCUGUUGUUGGUAAAAUAGCAAGUUGUGCUACUCAUCUUGAUUGUUGGAAUAUGUUACGCAUACGGCAGAAUAAUGAGGAAAAAGACCGACUCCGUGCAACAUUGGAAUUAUUCCGAGGGAGUAGUGAGCCGGUUGCUGUAGACCAAUACAUGGCAGCGCACAAUGAUUUUAAUAGAGUGCUUAUUCGGGAAGAUACUUAUUGGAAACAACAGGCAAAGACUCAUUGGCUUUGUAAUGGUGAUCUCAACACUAAAUUUUUCCAUAGGUCCGCGUCUAUUCGGCGUAGCUUUCAGCAAAUAAAAGUGCUCACAGAAGAUGGGGGUGAUGAAAUCCGUGAUCAAGAAGGUAUAUGUGGAAUUGCGAAAAGAUAUUUUGAUUCUUUGUUUGAAGCGAGGGCAGGAAGUUAUGAGAUGAUGUUGAAUUUGAUUCAACCGGUUAUCUCUGAUAAUGACAAUGAGAUACUCACAGCCCCCAUUUUAAAAGAAGAACUAUAUCAAGCGCUGAUUCAGAUGCAUCCUGAUAAGUCCCCUGGCCCGGAUGGUUUUAAUCCGGCGUUCUAUUAG